GAAGCAAGUACGACAAAGAUGCAUCAUCGACGUAUAAGAAAAAUGGGCGGCGCUUCAAGAUGACUUACGAAUCUGGAAUGGUGCGGGGAACGUUGAGCAGAGACGACCUGGGCGUGGGAGGAGUCUCCAUCAGGGGACAACUGUUCGGUGAAAUUACGCACACUACUGGAGACGUCUUUAAAGUGGUCACCUUCGACGGAAUUUUCGGCCUCGGCUACCCGGACAUCUCCGAAAAGGACGUCGUUCCGCCGUUCGACAACAUGCUCAAGCAGGAGCUCGUCACAGAGCCCCUAUUCUCUAUGUUCCUCAGCAGCACGCCCAGCCAACAGGACGGAGGUGAAAUCCUUUUUGGUGGCGUGAACAGUGAGCGAUACACUGGAGACAUCACCUACACGGGCGUUACUAAGAAGGGCUACUGGCAGUUCAGCAUGGACGGUCUGCAGGUAGGAAGCAAGUCGAUAGUGACCAGCCCCACCGAAGCUCUGGUUGACAGUGGCACUACGGUUAUGGCAGGACCGAAAGAAGAAAUUGAACGCAUCAACAAGUAUCUCAGAGCUACUCCGGGUCCUCGAGGAACUUACCGUGUAAAGUGCAAGAAUAUUCCUAAUAUGCCCAAUGCUGUCUUCACCAUUGCUGGCCGGCAGUUUGAAUUCGAAGCCAAGGACUAUAUUCGACAGGUCCAGUCUCCUGACAAGGUACGCUGUUACAGUGGCUUUGAAGAGUACGCCGGAGGAACCGUCUGGAUUCUGGGACAAGUCUUCAUGCGUCGUAUUUACACGAUUUUUGACCGGGGCAACGACCGCAUUGGGUUCGCACAGGUUGCCUGAGAACAGUCUGCACUGAUUGGAGCAACGACAAAAAGUAAUAAAGAGUUAAAGAACAAUAAAGUAAUAAUAAAAUAAUAAAGAGAGAGCUCUAGAUGAUAAUGCA